CGUAAUAUUUCGCAGUUGGGCGUGCCUAGGACGCAUGCGCUCCUUUUCUGUCACUCGGCUAAACGGUGCUAGGGGAAAUUUGCUGUGUUGGGGGCACGACAGCAUAUGAGGUUUAUUAUCUUAUAAUGUCAUACUGAUCGGUACCACCUUCUGUUCCUUGAAACUACGACGCUAAGGGAGUAACCACCACAAUGCUGCGUGUCUGUUUGAAAGGGGCAAAUGCAGCAGCUCGGAAAUGUGUUUGUGGGAAGGUGGCCGGCCAUCCCUUGCAGCACUGUCGUGGCUACACCUCAGCGGGAAACUCCGGAGUAACUGCAGGCAAGAUUGUAGCUGCCAGCCUUCUAACAGUGGGCGGCGGGCUCGGUGGCACAAUCCUCUAUGCCAAAUGGGACCCCAAAUUCCGGGCGAAUGUUGAGAAGACUGUUCCUUACUCAGACCAGGUGUUUGGGAUGACUCUGGGAGCGGCGCCUGUCCUCACAUUGCCAAAGAAGCCGCAGGCAAAAGUGGAAGCCCUGCAGAUAUCCAGUGUGUCCGAAACCAUCAAGGAAUCCAAGCAGCCGAAAAAGGAAAAGAAAGCCAAAGAGGCUGCCCCUGAGAAACCCCCUGUGGUAGAGGAGACCCCAGCUCCACCUCCUCCUCCACCUCCACCUCCACAAACUAUUGAGGAGGCCUCUGCCGAGGCGGCCCACAUCCUCUCCGCUAUCGGCGAGGUGCCCUCCGUGCCCGCGCCGGGCACCAGCGACAAGGCGCCGCCCGCCCCCCCAGCAGAGGCUGCAGUUGAGCCUGCAGCAGGGGAAUGUAAGGAGUGUGCACAUGAGCCUGCGCUGAAAGAACGGCCGGCAGAGGAGGUGACUGCACUCCUGGCUGCAAAGGAUAAGGCUGAGGAAGACAUCCUGGCCUCUCUCUCCAGCCAUCUGGAUGAGACGCUGGGCAGCUCGGCUAAGGUCACGCUGGCGGCCAUCGGCGCUCAGGAGGCCGCGCUGUCAGCCAUUGCCGUCCACUGCCAGAAGCUGAAGGAGGCCAUGGAUGCGGAGGGCGCCCCUGAUAAGAAGUCCUCCCAGUGGAGGGAGCUAGAGGACGCUCUGGGCCAGCGGAGCCAAGCCGUGGAUGAUGCUGGAGCCGCCCUCCUCAGAGCCAAAGAUGAGCUGGAGAAGCUGAAAGAAGUGAUACAUGUCGCCAAGGGCUCUAAGAUCGACGCAGCACGACCCCAGGUCUUGGCAGCCGAGGAGAACCUCCACAGCAUGAUUGUAGACCUGGACAAAGUGGUGGGCAAGGUCCAGUCAGCCCAGUCGGAGGCCAAGAUCGUCUCUCAGUACAGUGACCUGGUAAACGAAGCCAAGGCACAGUUCCAGAAGGAGCUCGACAGCAUCACGCCAGAGAUCAAAGCCAGCUGGAAGGGACUUGCCGGCAAGCUGAGCAUGGACGACCUGAACUCGCUGAUCGCCCACGCGCACCGGCGCAUCGACCAGCUGAACCGCGAGCUGGCGGAGCAGCGCGUGCGCGAGCAGAUCCACAUCGAGACGGCGCUGGAGCAGCAGAAGCUGGAGCACCAGAAGGCCCUGGAGCAGGCCGUGGUCACCGCGCUGGAGCACAACCGCGAGGAGAUGCGCCUCGAGCAGGAGAAGAAGGUGGAGGAGGUGCGUGAGGUGAUGGAGGCAGAGAUGCGCACGCAGCUCCGCAGACAGGCGGCUGCACACACAGACCACUUGCGUGACGUGCUCAAGGUGCAGGAGCAGGAGCUGCGCUCUGAGGCUGACGAGACCCUGAAGAAUAAGAUGCAGGAGCAGGAGACAGGGUACCGCAGGCUGACUCAGGAACAGCUGGACGCCUUCACCCUGGAUAUGAACGCUGCUUACGCCAGACUCAAGGGCAUGGAGGAGGCCAUCGACAGUCAUGUGAUUGCUGAGGACGAGGCGCGUAAGGCGCACCAGCUGUGGCUGUCGGUGGAGGCCCUGAACUACACCCUCCGCACGUCCGGCGCAGACGCCCCUACCGAGCCCUUGGAGGCGACCGCCGCCGUUGUGCGCCAGAGCUGCGCCGACAACGAGUUUGCCCAGGCGCUGGCGUCGGCGCUGCCCGGCGAGUCACUGAGCCGCGGCAUCUACAGUGAGGCGUCGCUGCGUGCCCGCUUCCAGGACGUGCGCCGUCUGGCGAGGCGCGUGGCGCUCAUCGACGAGACGCGCAACAGCCUCUACCAGUACUUCCUGUCCUACAUGCAGGCCGCGCUUCUCAUGGAGCCCCAGCAGGAGGCCCCACCGGCCCGCCUCAACGGCGACGACCUAAACACCUUCAAGCUGCUGUCCUACGCCUACUACAGCAUGGAGCGCGGAGACCUGGAGCUGGCCGCCAAGCUGCUCAACCAGCUGCAGGGCGAGCCACGCCGUGUGGCCCAGGACUGGCUCAACGAGGCUCGGCUCACGUUGGAGACCCGGCAGGCCGUCAGCCUGCUCUCGGCCUACGCCAACGCCGUCGGCCUGGGCACCACGCAGGCCCCCUGAGCCAGCGGAUCCAGAGGAAAUACUAGAGCCAGUCGGUGGAGAUGUGGAGAGAGGGAGAGAUGACGUCCAGCAGGAGAUGGUACGAGCUGUAUAUUUGCAAGUGCCGCGACUCAGGCCCCAGGUCGCCACGGGAAACGCCUUGAUGCACGCUUGCCCCUCCUUCAGCUCUCCUGAGAUUUUUUUUUUCCCAACGGAACGAUAUCAGAAGUCCCGAAGCACUUUUUAUUUUGUUAUGUUUCAUUUGUUUUCCAACAAAGUGGCAUAAGCCUACAAAACUAAAAUUGAUAACAUUGUGGCCUCUUACUCAAAACAGAAAUAAAAAGAACAAACUGUUCUGAAUAUUUAAGUGUAUCUCAUAUGCAUAAAUUAAUUUCUGAGGAGUUAGCUGUCGUAUUGAAGAAAUGCCACUCGUUCUGUAUAUAAGAAAGCACCUCUUCACAGACUAACUUUGGAGUGUGAGCUUAGCAGAUAGAUGGGCCUCCAGUCUUACACAAGCUAGGUUAACUCGUAUGACACUAGCCCUGUUCACUGUUUCAAGCCCACACGUGUUAGGUUGUUCAAUUUGAUGUUCAUUAUUUUCUGCUCAUCCAACUGACCAGAUAUUUCAGUAAGGAUCCUGAUUGUCAAUGUUGUUGUCAUGCUACAAUUCUCCCUAGUAAUGUUGGAUACUAAUAAAUCAUGGAUGUUGUGAAAAA